GCACUCAGAGAACAAGCUCACAGGAGAGGGGCUGGGCCUCUCCAGGCAGGAACUGGAGUCAGAGAUUUCCCCUGCUACUUGCUGGGAGAGAACAUUAGGAAUGCCUUUCAGUGCCUUGCUUCCUGAACUAGCUCACAGUAGCCAGGCGGCUUGGGGCAAUCUGAUCACAUCUAGCCUUCACCCCUGCAGGAACGUCAUGCAGGCCAAGUUCAGCAGCACAAGGGACAUGCUGGAUGAUGAUGGGGACACCACCAUGAGCCUGCAUUCUCGAGCUUCUGCUGAAACCCGGCGGCCAGAACCCGGGCACACAGAGCACGGGACUCCCUCUUCAGCUUGGCGUCCGGUAGGCCUGACCCUGCUGACUUUGUGCUUGGUGCUGCUGAUAGGCCUGGCAGUCCUGGGGCUUGUGUUUUUUCAGUUCUACCAGCUCUCCAACACCCAGCAAGAUAGUAUCUCUCAAAAGGAAGAGAGACUGGGCAACCUCUCCCGACAGCUGCAAUCUCUCCAAGCCCAGAACAGGAAGCUUGCAGAAACUCUGCAGCAUAUGGCCGAAAAACUGUGUCGCGAGCUCUAUAACAAAACUGGAGGCCACAGGUGCAGCCCUUGCCCAGAAAAAUGGAAAUGGCAUGAAGAUAAAUGCUACCAGUUCUAUAAAGAGAGUAGAAGUUGGCAAGGCUGUGAACAUUUCUGCAUUGCUGAGAACUCGACCAUGCUGAAGAUAAACACACAAGAAGUGCUGGAGUUUGCCAUGCCUCAGAGCUACUCUGAGUUUUUCUACUCUUAUUGGACAGGGCUUUCCCGCAACGGCAGAGACAAGGCCUGGCUGUGGAUGGAUGGAUCCCCUUACUCUCUUGAACUGUUCGAUAUUGUAAUAGAUGUCACCACUCCAAGAAACAGGGACUGUGUGACCAUCCUCAACGGAAAGGCGUUCUCAAAGGACUGCCGGGAGUUGAGGCGGUGUGCCUGUGAGCGGGUGGCAGCGCUCGUGAAGCCAGAGAGGCUCCAUUAGCUUCCCUGAGCCCUCGGAUGGAGGUGAUCCACUCUUCAGCUGCACCUGCCAACAAAGGAGUGGAGCCAGGCAAGGUCGAUGCAGGGGACACUUGAGACCUUGGAAAAGAAUCGUCAGGAAAGACAGUCUCUCAGCUAGUACAAGAAAGGCUCCCAUGUGUCCUGUUCAGGAUCACCAGCAUUUCUGACUUUGGGUUACCAGUCACAAGAAGUCCUAUUUAUUACCACCAGCUGGUUCCAGAUCAUUAUCAUAUUGUAAUCUACCUUUCGACUUAUGGUUAACUUUCUAGUUUUCUUUCUUCUCAGCAUCUAGUAUCAUGUCCCUGUUUCUACAUGGUCCUUACACUUGGAGAAGUGAGAAACUUUUUGAAGUAGGAGAAAUAAAUGGAAGUAACAUCCUUUGUCCCAACAGUCAAGAAAUCCAUGGGAAAUUAGCAGUCAUUUCCCAGACUGUACUACCAAAUACACAAGAAGUUCUUUUUGUUUCAGUUCAUACUUUUCCCUUCCCAAUCUCUCAGUAAAAACCCCAUCUGCUAUGUCCAUGGCCUGUAUCCCAACUGGGAUAUCUCUUGUGAGAAUCUCAGAGUGUUAUAAACGUGCCUCCCUAUGUCCAUUAAGACUCCAGUGAUUGUCUCCUUUCCAUAGGAAUUUUUUCCAGGAAAGAAAUAUUUCAACGCAGUUCCAUAUCAGAAUUACUGUCCCCAAUACUUCUUUCAGAGAGACAGAAGACCAGAAAAAUUCAGUUUCUUAAUGUGCACCUGUGAUAGUUUGCUUUUAGUUCCUGUUCUCUUCCAUUUGAUCCAUAUUUAUAUCUUUCAGGUACUUAAGAUUUAAUAAUAAUAAAUGUAAAUACUGUGAA